UUGGCAUUCAUGCUUUCUGCAAGGUUCUGUGAAGGUUUCUGCUGAAGAAGAAACUCAUUUUUCCAAUAAACUAAAGACGGAUUACAAUUCAAACUCACAAGAGGAAUUGCGUCGAGAACGGACCUUGCUUCAAAUCUGAGGACCUAACGCGCAAAUAUGCCGUUUUCAAGAGGGAAGAAGCCCGUGGCUACCAGUAGAAUUCCGAAACUGGGAUCAAAAGGAGUAGAGAAUCAGGAGCUACCUCAGGUCAAAAGGUCCUCCUCACCACCCAAGGGUGCUCCAAAGAAGAGAACAGCUUUCAUCGACAUCACCAAUGCCUUUUCUCAGUGCCUGCCUGACAGUCGCAUUGAAGAUGAUGAUGAUGGUGAGGUAGCAUAUCGAGCACACAAGACCCUGGGCAUCGUUGCUGGUCUCCGGAAGAGGGAUGGCGUCAAAAAGCCACAGACUAGGCAGCAACAACAGCUGCAGUCUGCGCCGGAGAAAAAUGAGGCCAAAUUGAAAAAGUCUGCAUCCGUGGAGUCUGAGACCGAGGUGGAGCCUGUCCCUCAGGUCAGGCCGCUGGCUGUGGAACCAGUGGCUGAGCCUUUGAUACAGCCUGUGGCUCUCACCGUUUCCGUGGUGACCUCAGAGGUGAAAAUCGAGACAGAGGAAACCAUUGAGGUGCCCAUCUACUUGGAGCUGCAACCUGCCCUAGCGUCAUCUGCACAGGCAAGUGCAGUGAAGUUGGAGGUGGUGAUCAAGAAUGAGGAGGCGCAGGAGGAGGCCAUGGCCGUCAGGCAGGAGCAGCAGGAGGGCAUCAAGGAAGAGGUCGUGACCUUGGAGCUGCAGCUGGUGAAGGAGGAGGAGGUUCAGAUCAAGGAGGAGGCGAUGGUGAAGGAGGAGGCGAUGGUAAAGCAGGAGCUGAUCAAAGAAGAGGAGGAGAAGCCUGCACAUCUGCUGCCCCCUCAGAUACCACCUGAGUUUGACAUUGACUCGGAGAACAGCCACGACAUCGCCCUGACACCAGAGUACGCCAAGGAAAUCUUUGACUACCUCAAGAAACGCGAGGAGAAGUUCGUCCUGAAGGACUACCUGCCCCUGCAGCCAAGCCUCACACUCAGCAUCCGCGGAAUCCUAGUGGACUGGAUGGUGGAGGUCCAGGAGAACUUUGAGCUGAACCACGAGACGCUGUACCUGGCGGUGAAGCUGACGGACCACUUCCUGGCCACCAAGCCCUCCGUCAGCCGGGACCUGCUGCAACUGCUGGGGGCUACCGCUAUGUUGCUAGCAGCCAAGUUCGAGGAGCGCUGUCCUCCAUGUAUCGAUGACUUCCUGUACAUCUGCGACGACGCCUACAAGCGUCAUCAGUUCAUCACCAUGGAGAUGAACAUUCUACAGACCCUCGACUUUGACAUCAGCAUCCCCAUCUCCUACCGCUUCCUACGACGAUACUCCAAGACCCCGUGUCUGGAGUUCCAUUCGGGCUACAGUGUGUCUGAGGUGGCCCCUGUUGCCAGGAGACUGCACUCCAUGCUGCUGAGCCAGAGGGAGGGCAAGCUGGAGGCGGUACGCAACAAAUACUCACACCCAAUCUUCUUUGAGGUGGCCCAGGUACCCAUCGUGAGUCUGUCCAAGCUAGAAGAGUUUCUGCAGUAGAGGAAGGGCUUCACCAACCUCAUCCCAAAGCACCAAGACGACUUGUGGAUCUCACCACAACUUCUUUCUUGUAAAUAGAAACAAAACUCUAUAUUUAUAUUGUACAUGGAAGCCAUUUUGUAUAAUAAAAAUGUUUUUGUACGUGUAUGUUCUUGCCAAUGUGGAUGUAAGUGUUCUUCAGUGUUUUUGAAAAUAUGACGUUCUGCGUAUAGAAUCCAUGAUGAGGAAAAAGAUGUUACAAAAGCAGACGUUUUGUUGACGAAUAAAGUAGUGAAAAAGGAGAUUUUAUUUCCCUGGAAUGAGUAAAAAUACUAAAACAGUAGUUUUAAAAUAAUAUAAUGUUCUUAAUGUUUUUCUUGUCUUUUAUUUGUUGUACAGUAUCAUGUUGUGAUGUUAACCCUAAUAAUGAAACUCAGUAUUUAUGUAUAAAGUCUUGUUCCUGAAAUAAAACAGCAUUUUUAAGCAAUUUUGAAAAA